CAACAACAAAGCUCAAUGUGUUUCAAUAAAAUAUUUAUAUAAAUAAAAUAUUUAUAAAAAUCUCACGGUUGAAAAUCAAGUCAAAUGUUUUAUACGAUAAAAAUAAAAGUCGCGAAGAAAUCAUGUGGUGUAAACAAAAGAUGAAAUUAAUUUACGUUAAUUGCACAGUUGCCAAGAUAAUGAGGAGACAUAUAAAUUAUUGGAGUCACUCAAUAUCACACAAAAAUAUUGCUAGGGGAAAUUUAAAUUUUGUAAAGUAAAUUAGGUGACUGAUAAAUAAAUAAAUAAAUUUUUUUAGUUAUCGAUAUUUAAUAAAUUGAGAAGAAAUAAAUUAUUUUGUCAAUAAUUAAUUUGGUUAAGUAGUAUGUGUAUUUAAUUAUUAAAUUUAUAAAAUAUGGAUCAACAAGAAGACUGUGCGAUGAGGAGGCAACAGCCUGUUCGUCGUUUUCAAAAUGGGUAUAAAAAAGAUUGUUAUGUAUUGCCUCAAUUGCAAUCAUCCAAAUUAGAAGCGAUAAAUCAUCAGAGCAUUGCACAGAAAAAAAUUCGCAUAGCGGUGUAUCUGAUGUCAGGAGUCCUGCUGACGAUGGAGGUCGAGAGAAGUAUAUCAGCCCAACAUAUUCUGUCAAUAGUGCAAACGGAGGCCGAGCUGGGGUUAUCACGAGCCCCCUCGGCAACGGGCCAGCCGGUGUUCGCGUUGUGGAUGUGUUCUUCCGAGCUGGAACUCCAGCUAAGACCGAGUCAUCGGCCUGUGGAACUUGCUGGCAGGUGGAACAAGCUCCUCAGCAAGUACGGUUCCAGGAGAGGGCGCUCCGAGGAGGAACCGCUGCUCUACGUCCGAAGGAACGUUUUUCUGUCGAAGAAAGACGAAGAGCAGAUCAAGGAGCCCAAAGUUGUGGAGCUGCUGUACGCUGAAGCGAGGCAUAAUGUUCAAGAAGGAAGGUAUCCAUGCGAAGGCCAGGCGAGGUACGCAAGCCUGGGGGCUCUGCAAGCGAGAAUAGAGCUUGGACCCUACAAUGCACAAACGCAUACAUUAGCGUACUUCAGGAAGCACAGAGCCAAGUUUUUACCGCAUCACUAUACAUCACCUAGUGUAUUGUUCGGGCUGGGGUUCGGUCUGGGUCUAGUCGGUGGAAAAGGCGCGCCAGAGGCCAGGCUGCUCGAGCAGUACAAGCGGAUACCCAACCACUCGGGGACUAACCCGAACUCCCGCAAGCUUGUGAGAAAAUACUUGGAGUUUUGCUGGGGAUUGCCCAGCUACGGAGCUUCCUUUUUUCACGGUCAAAUUGAGCGACCAGUUCGUGGGCUCGCUUCCUGGAUCACCAACCGGGACCAGCCUGUUCUGGUUGCUAUCAAUACCUCCGGAGUCUACAUCGUUGAUGACUCGCAAUGUAGCUUGUUGCUGGGCUUGAAAUACUCGGAGCUGAGUUGGGAAAUGGCUAAGCCGUCGGACGAAAAUAAUCCAGACUGUUUGCCUUGUUUAUUUCUCCAGUUUCCGGUUAGGGAAAACGGCACACGGGUGUAUAAAAUAUUACAAGUAUUUUCUCGACAAGCAAUAAUGAUGGAUACUUUGAUAUCAGUAUUCGCCGAAGACAGUCGUUUGACGGACGAUAAUGUCGACUCUGCCAAUCAAAAUCGUACAGAAGGUUCUGUGAUAACAAACACCGGUAGUUUUACAAAUAAACUCAGUAAAUUUACUCUAGCGACAUUUGACGAUCAAGGUCGUUGCAUUGGACAAAUGGGUUCGUGGUCUUUUCAAUGAUAUUACACCCUUAUUUCUCGUGCACACGUGUUCAUGACCAAAAUUAAGUAUAGAAUAAUCGUGAUAUUGAUAAAAAAGACUUUCCGCGAGGAUGUAUUUUCAUCGAAAUAAAAAAAAAACCGCAACAAAUUAAUUGUUAAUUCAAUAAUAUUUUGGAUAAAAAAGACAAAACAAAACAAAACGAAUUAUCAUCAAUU